AACUUGGAGGAUAAGACCAAAGAAGAAUAUAACUUUUUUUUCCCUCUCCCUUUUCUCUCUCUCAUAGUGAAUAACUUGGUCAUCAAUUAUACUCACAUCAAUGAAAUGAGAUCUUUUAUAUAAAAAACAAACUCUAGUGAGAGAAAAACUAAGAAAUUAGUUCAUAUCUUCUUCAUGGUAAUAUUAUAUGAGUGAGAGAUACAUAGAGAGAGAAAGUGUUUUCAUUGAAUCAUCAAAAUGGCAAAACCAGGGGUAUUGGAUUCUGAUCCAGAGAUUAUGGUGAAGAAAGUCUUGGAGAUGAAGAAGGAAUUAAAGAAGCUUGUGAAGUCCAUUGUUGAGGAUGAAGAUACAAGCAUUGAAGCUAUUGAUAAAGCAAAAGAAACUCUUUGUGUUCUUAAGGAUUUGAAGCUUAGAAAGAAAUCUCAAUCUUCAAUGUCUUUUAAGAUAAACAAGAAUGUUACUUUCCCAGAUGAAUUCAAAUGUCCACUUUCUAAAGAAUUGAUGAGAGAUCCUGUCAUUGUUGCUUCUGGCCAGACAUAUGAUAGACCAUUCAUUCAAAGGUGGUUGAAUGCUGGAAAUAGGACAUGCCCUCAAACUCAUCAAGUUCUCUCACACACUCUCCUUACUCCAAAUCAUCUUAUAAGAGAUAUGAUAGAAAAAUGGUCUAAAAAUCAAGGGAUUGAAUUGUGCAAUGUUAUUAGUUAUAUCAAUGGUGAAGGUGCUAAAGAAGCUGAUCAGAAUCACUUUUUAUGUUUGCUAGAGAAAAUGUCAUCAACACUUUGUGAUCAGAAAGAAGCUGCAAAACAACUUAGGUUGUUGACAAAGAAGCAUCCUUGUUUUAGAGUACUUUUUUGCGAUUUCGAAGAUGCAAUUCCUCAGUUGCUUAAGCCUAUUUGCGAAGGAAAUAGUAUUAGCCACGAUCUUCAAGAAGACGUGAUCACGACACUUCUCAAUAUCUCGAUCCAUGACAACAAUAAGAAACAAGUAGCCGAAACUCCGACGGUGAUUCCACUCCUUAUGAAGUCAUUGAGAUGUGGAACAAUCGAGACACGAGCCAAUGCUGCAGCGACUCUUUUCACGUUAUCAGCACUAGACUCGAAUAAAGAACUUAUAGGAAAAUCUAACGCCUUGAAACCUCUUAUCGAUUUAUUAGAAGAAGGGAAUCCCUUAACUAUGAAAGAUGUUGCUUCAGCAAUAUUCACCUUAUGUAUGAUGCACGACAACAAGGCAAGAGCGGUGAAAGACGGUGCGGUUAGAGUGAUUAUGACAAAGAUGAAGAACCGACUUCACGUCGACGAAUUACUAGCUAUCCUCGCGCUACUUUCGACUCAUCAGAAAGCUGUUCUUGAAAUGGCAGAGCUUGGAGCUGUUCCUUGUUUGCUAAGCAUCAUGCGAGAGAGCUCGUGCGAGCGCAAUAAGGAGAAUUGCGUAGCGAUUCUUCAAACUAUAUGUCUAUAUGAUAGAUCCAAGUUGAGGGAAAUAAAGGAAGAAGAGAAUAGCUAUAGAACAAUAUCUGAACUUGCAAAAAAUGGAACAUCAAGGGCUAAGAGGAAAGCUAGUGGAAUUCUUGAGAGGUUGCAUAGGGUUGUUAAUAUUACACACACUGCAUAAUAAUGUUCCUUGAUUCUUCUCUUUCUCAUUCAAGGUAUAUUGUUCAUAUAUGUGCCUUUAAGUUAUUGAAGGUGAAAAUCUAUAAGCACUUAUGUCUCAAAAACAAUUAUGUACAUUCUUUUCUCUCAAUGAAGUUAUUCUCAUGUUAAUUUUA